AUGAGGGGUCGUGUGAGUGCUUCACUUUCCUUCGCCGAACUUCUGUGCGAACCACUCAUCAUUUUGCAGGUAGCUGUCGUGACUGGCGCAACCGUUGGUAUUGGCUUCGAAGUCUCGAAAGCGCUCGCGCUCGCUAAGGCGCGCGUGCUCCUGCUCUCGCGCAAGGCUGAGCACGGCGACGACGCCAUAUCCAAGAUCAAGGAAGAAGCUCCCGACGCCGACGUGCACUUCAUCGAGUGCGACCUCGGCAACCUGCGCAAUGUCAAAGACGUAGGCGACAGAAUCUGCGCCGAGCAGAAGCGGCUCGACAUCGUCAUCGCGGACGCCGGCGUCGGCGUGAACAGAUUUGGUCUCUCCAGCGACAACAUCGAUCGGCACUUCGCCGUCAACCACCUCGGCCACUUCCUGCUCAUCAACCGCCUCCUCCCGCUCGUGCGCAAGACGUCCAAGACGCAGGACUCUGGCGCCCCCGGGCCGGUGCACCCACGCAUCGUCACCGUCUCGUCGGAGCUGUACAAGGCCGCGCCGUCGGACACGGCGUUCGCGUCCGAGGACGAAGUCUCCGAAGCCGGCUCAGCCAGCCUGAGUGCGAUCGCGCUGUACGGCCGCUCGAAGCUCGCGAACAUCCUCUUCACGCGGUACACGCUUGUCGAGCGCGCGAUCCGCCCCACGGGCGACGCGAUCUACGCGCUCGCGGUGCACCCGGGCGCGGUGCACACGGGGCAGCAGGACCAGUUCAAGGAGGCGUACGGCGCGCUGUUUGGCACCGUUGCCAAGGCGGUGUCUGUCCCGUUCAUGCGGAACCCGGAGCAGGGGAGUUUGUGUGCGCUGUGGGCGGCGACGAGCGAUGCGAUCGACAAGAAUGUGCAGCAGGGGUAUUAUUUUACGGAUCCGGGUGUGCCGGGGCAGUUGAACUCGCAGGCGGAUGAUGAGAAGCUGGGGGAGAACUUGUAUCAUCUUAGCGAGAGGUUGGUUAGGGAGAAACUGGGUCCGGAUGCAUUGAAUUCCUGGACGUAG